GACCGACCGGCCGGCCGCGGCGGUACACACGCAACACACACGCGGCGUCUCGUCUUCGCGCGCUACCAUUCAGUAUCGUCAGUCGUUCGGUCACGGUCGGUUCUUCGCUCGCGCGCGCGUCUUAUCCAUCGUCGUCGUAGUCGUCGCCGCCGCCGCCGCCGUCACUUGCCCACACGCGUCCGUCGACGGUGGUGCUUUAGUACCUAAACACUAUAUCAGUGUGAUAUUCCUAGUUCUGCCGAUACGAUUUUUCAUCCCCUAAAUUUCCCUAAUUUUUUUUCCUCGGUCUCCUCCCCUACCCCGCCACAUUGCGAUUCGCCCCCCAACACGUCCAUGUCGUACGACCCGGCGAAAACGGCCGACCACCGCUGACCGACCCCUACAAUUGCAGCUGCUAUGCACCGUUGCAGUCGUCGUACCUGCAGCGGCAGGAGGAUUCGACGAAAUCCACUCCGAUCGUUUCCGCAGAUCGGAUUGCUUCUGUUGCUGUUUUCGUGUUUGAGAGUGACGACGUUCAAACAGCAAAAGUUCAGGGUGGAACCGAAAAACGUUAACGCUCGAGAAGGUUCGAAUGUGACGUUGCUCUGCGAAAUCGACGACCUCACUGGUGAUGUCCAGUGGACUAAAGACGGUUUAGCUCUGGGUUAUGCAGCCGAAAUACCGGGACAUCCGAGGCACUCUAUGAUGACCGAUCCCGGAAAUGGGGUGUACAAUUUACUUGUCAGAAAUGUGACAAUAACGGAUGAUGCGCUGUACCAGUGUCAAGUGAGCCCCGGGCCGGCGGCGGGGAGCAAACCAAUUAGAUCAUCGGCCACGUUGUCCGUCCUGACGCCGCCUUCGUCCGUAGAAAUUAUAAACACAUCCGAAGGCUCAAAAUUGGAAGUACAAGAAAACCACGAGGUUUCUAUUGAGUGUAUAGCUCGAAACUCUAAACCGGCUUCGAGAAUAGUAUGGUUUCGUGGCGAUGAAGAAAUCAAUCCCGAGCAACGGUCCGAUAACGAAAGUGAAGAAACCGCGGACGAGACAACAUUAAAACUGUACACCGUCCGAAGCCGAAUAAAAGUAACCGCCAAGUCGAACGACGACCGUGUGAAAUACAAAUGCGAAGCUCAUCACCAAGCUCUAUCGGAUCCGCUUUCAACCACUGUUCAGAUAAGGGUUUUAUAUCCACCGGGAGUUCCUCACAUCGAAGGAUACACAGAAGGCGAUAUUUUGGAAAAAGGACAACAUGUGUCGCUGCGUUGCGUAUCGAGAAAUGGAAAUCCACCAUCACAACUUGCGUGGUUCAAAAACGGCCAAUUGAUUCAUAACGACUACAGUACAACGGAAAAAGUGUCGGAGAGCACGUACUCAUUCAUAGCUAAUGUCUCGGACAACAGCGCAAGAUUUCGCUGUGAAGCAAAAAACUCAAUUAGCCCACUUCCUCAAUAUGCUGACGUUGUGCUCUCAGUGUCAUUCGGCCCGUCUCACGUCCGUAUCAGGGGACCAGACGAAGCGAAACAAGGAGACUUGAUGACCCUAAGCUGCGAAACUGGCCGCAGCAACCCAGCGGCGGUAAUAAAAUGGACGGUGGCCGGUGAACUGGAAGAAAACAGUACGUCCACUAAUGUGCCAGCUCCGCAGUCCAGCUGGAUAACGAAAUCCAACGUGUCGUUUGUCGUACCGACCGGGCAGCGCUACGUUGUGGCUUCGUGCCAGUCCAUCAGUAGCAGCGUGUUCGAUAAAGUCAUCGACACGCAUAAAAUCAGCAUACUACACCCGCCCGGAGCGCCGAUCAUAAUCGACCACUCGGCUGGUAAUCCAAUUCCAUCGGGAAACGUCCACAAAAUAUCUUGUCUGUCUACCGGUGGCAAUCCACUGGCUUCGGUCGCAUGGUUUAAAAACGAUAAAAAGGUACAUUCAAUUGUAACAACUGGGGAAAAUUCGGUUUCAGCUGAAUUGGCAUUCGUGGUCAAUUAUACGGAUAAUGAUGCUACUUAUAAAUGUGAAGUGACUCAUCCGGCUUUAACAGUGCCUUUGAUGAAAACCCAGAAACUCAAAGUCCUAUUUUUACCCGAUCACCUGAACAUCAAACACGACCCGGUGCACCUGAAACCUGGCGAUCAGGCCACGCUCACGUGCGAGGCGACUUCUAGCAAUCCGGCGUUAAAGAUGAGCUGGUGGCACCAGGGCGUGCCGGUCUCUGAGGGCAUAAACAGCUACACCAAGCCCGGGCUGCACGGCGGCAAGCUGUCUACCAUACAGAUGACCUUCAACGUGACCCCCGAAGUGGACGGCAGUUUGUACAUGUGCCAAGGCUCCAAUCCACUGAUGUCCAAGAAUAUACACAAAGAGGUCACGCUCGACGUUUACCACAAACCAACUUUUGAUUCGCAUCCCGACUUAAUGACGUAUACAGAAGGGGACAACGUAUUCGUCACGCUGCAGGCAAAGGGACGGCCUUCACAGAUUACUUAUAAGUGGUUCAAAAACAACAAACUGUUGUAUUCGUUACACAACCGGCGUGUACAAGAUUCCAAUAUAAAUUUCACAGGUAUAUUCCGCGACGAUGCUGGAAAUUACACCUGCGAGGCGAGAAAUACAGAAGGGUUUUCAACCUUUUCGUUUAUAAUAUCAGUGAAACAUCGAGCAACUAUUUCAAAUACUUCAAGUGGCGUCAUUGUAAGUGAGGGCCACGAUGCUCAGCUUUGGUGUCGAAUAGAUGGUUUUCCGUUAGGUCCGGAUCACAUAAGCUGGACGCGUCCAAAUUUUUUCUUUGACGAACGGACAUCAAUAUUACUUAAGAACACUACUUCGUACUUAACUAUUUUAAAUGCAACACAAUUUGAUAGUGGGCUAUUCUAUUGUGUCGUUAACAAUGGUAUAGGGAACGAAUCAUCGCAUUCUGUAAUGUUGAUUGUGGAACAUAAACCCGAGAUCCUGACAAUGGAAAACGAAUCAAAAACGGCUAGCAAUGCUGGUAUGUCAGCUAAACUUCAUUGUCGAGCAGUUGGCGCUCCAAUGAUUAGAUUUUCUUGGGAACGUGAUGGGUCGAACAUAACAAGCGUAUCUGAGAAAUACAUCGUGGAACAGAAACGACUGAACGAAACGUUUUACGAGUCGACGCUGACGAUACUGCAAGUGGACCAGUUCAAUUACGGCGAUUACGUGUGCACCGCGUCCAACAAUCUCGGGCGGACGACUUCAGUCAACCGGUUGACCGUCUUCUCGCACCCCGACCCGCCGUCCAACUUCCGAUUGGCGAACGCCACGCACAACCGGGUGAUGCUGACGUGGUCCCCCGGAUUCGACGGAGGCGAACCGGUUACGUACCGCAUUCGGUACAGGGCGUCCGACAGCAAAAUGUACCGGUACGAGGACCUCGGAAACGAAACUCAUCACACGGUCGCCGGACUUGAACCAUUCACAUCAUACUUGUUCAGCAUCAUGGCUCGUAACUUGUAUGGAGACAGCUCUUACGUGUCCCAGAGUAUCAAAGUAACCACAACAAAGGAAAACGUACAACCUAAGUCCGAUUCGAAUGCAGAGAAGCCAGCCGAAGAUCAAGGAAUGCGCAUCGUGUUCACUUUCUUGGGAGUUUUUGGCGGUGUAUUGAUACUCGUCAGCAUAUUUAUUGUAUCGUACUGCAUUCACAGACGCCGUAACGUCAACAAACAGAUAAACAACGAAAACAACGAUUCUAGUAGUAAAACUCCAACGAUCGAAAUGUAUGCACCAAAUACAUAUAACGGAGGAUACGAAGAAAAUUUAAGCUCAAUUUCGGCCAAAUCGGAAACAUAUUCAAAUGUUUCUCCGGAUUAUAACGACGAUCAACAGCAAAAGUCUGCCGAACAAUCGUACUUGAUCGAACAGAUCGAUUAUCCUUUCAUCAACGAUUGUGAUCAUCCACUGCAGCCACACGUUCAAUACGGCGGUGGCUUAAGUAUGAGCUCUGACCAAUCGAUGCAGCAUUACAAUAUGCAUGAAAACACAAACGACAGAAGAAAUAUCGAGAAUCGAACUUCCCACCUCCACCACCACCAUCACCUCCACCAUCUCCACCACCUCCAACAGCAUCAGCAGCAGCAACAGCAGCAGCAGCAUCAACUGCAUCAUCAUCAGCCGCAGCAGCAUCAGCAUCAGCCACCUCAUCAUGCCUUGCCGGGCGUACCGACAGCUCGAGCCGUGCCAUUACCACCGAUUUUGCACAACCGACCGGUGCCACCUCCAACGAUACCGCCAAUGGUCAGCAAGCUUAACUAUUACUCGCCGCCACCUCCACCGCCUCCGCCACCUGAUGUCACGGUGUUCUCGUCGCAAAACGUACUCACCACUUUCGCGCACAAACCGGACGAGACGGAAGGACACUUAGUCUGAGUCCGCCCGUUUCCGUUCAACCCUACCCGCCGCACCCCACCGAAAUACCGUGAAUUUCCGGUCAUAUGCAUUGCGUGUGAUUCAUUCGAUAGUGAAAUUUGUCGGACAUCCUGCCCACGACUCACGAUUAUUUUCCAAUCGGGUUCCUUUUUUUUUCACGUCGGUAAAGACGAAUUCCCCUCUUUCCAUCCCACGAUCUAAAAUACAAUCCUACGAUACGCGUACAAAUCGUGCGUCGCUUAUGAUGGGGUCAACGGAUAGUAAUACGCAUUUUUUUUUGCCACACACAACUUUCCAUUGUCAUUUAAUAACAAAAUAAUGAGCCACCCGAAAAUUUUACAUAAUUUUGCGGGAGACCUUUUUUGAUAAAAUAAGUUUGAGGGUGGACCUUUGAUGGGGUGGUAGGGUGGUAACCUACAGUACCCAUAUAUUCUUAUAGUUAUUCGCUUUUAACGUACUUGUACUCCUAAAUGCUUUCGAAAUAGAGUCAGUGUAUGUCAAUUACUCGUUAUUCAGCUAUCGUUUUAAUUUACUAUUAUUUUGACAUUAAUUAUCCUAAUACCCACAUGAUGUUAGGUUUGCUCGUCAGGGGCGAAUGUAAUUAAUUCGUGUUGUUAAAGAAGUCAAAAGUUUUAAACAUGAAAAAAUAAAUAAAAAAGUGUUAUAAUAUUCUUACACAAUUUCCGAAUCAAAUCGCUCGUCACUCGGUCUAAACUGCAUUGCAAAUUUUCAAUUGAAAGGUUGAGAAACGCUGGUGUAACGUACUUAUGUAGUAAGAAGUUUUCUGUCAUUAUAUAUUAACUGGUAAUCAUAAGUUUCCUGACAUCGUUCAUAUGAUGUAUCAUAUGUAUGUACCCCUGUCAAGCUUUGUCCGAUUGAAUGUGGAAUUUAUUUCGCCUGUAAUAAUAAUAUUAUUAUUAUUAUUAUUAUUAUUAUUAUUAUUUAUAUAUUAUAUGCAUAUAAAAUAAUAUCAUUUAUAUAAUAUGUAUAUAACAUUAUAUAUUGGUAUGUAUAUUCUAGUCACGAAUAAACAUUAUUAGCUUAGAUAUUAUUAUUAUAUAUACUUAAAUAACGUGUGCGUUUGUUAUUUACACAUGAAUGUAUGGUUUAAAACGAAUACAUAUAUAUUAUACACGUAUACUCAUUUAUACCAAAAAUCGAUUUCUUAAAAUAAUAGUUUGUGCCACCAACAAAAAAAAGAGAUUAUUCAUAGUCCACUCAUGUAGGAAUUACGCCAAACAUUUACGCAAAUCGGGAUCUGUCUUAAAGCGUUGGUCGCCACUUUAUUUUAUGCUCUUUAACAAUUAAUUAUUGUGAUCUCGAAAAGGUUUAAAAUUGUUUUAUUUUAACUAGUCUGUUAAGUCUAUAUAACUAUUAUAAGCGCACCGAAAAUUUUAGUUGACUGAACCGUGUUUUUUUCCUAAAAUAGCUUUUCAUUAAAUUAUUCGUACAACAAUUAAAUAGCUAUUAUAGUUUGUUGUCCAUUCAUUUACAACAUUACGACUUCAAUGUAUAUGUAUUCUUUACUACAAUUUUCUUGCUAUUGAGUUUCGUUAAGUUUUUGUUUUAAUUUAAACACUUAAAAAUAAGUAAAACAUAUUAUUAUGAUGUACCUAUUAUAUUAAGUUCUUUACACGCUUAUGUAUAUGCCUAUUGACUAUAUAUAUAUAUGAGUUUAUUUUGUUUAGUAAAUUUAUCUACCUACCUACAUACCUAAUAUAAUUGUACAAUGUAUUUUUAAGUUUAUUCAUUAUUUAUAAAAUAAUUCGUAUGUAGAAUAAAGAUAAAUAUGUAAAAAG